AACUAAAAGUGAGACGCAUUCAAUUGUUAUAUUAAUAAUUAUUACGAAUCGGAGGUAGAAUUCUAAAAAUGACUACUCUAUUCGCGGGCGUGCAUAUAAAAAGUAAAACGAAUGGAGUUUAUCCUCUGCACAACAUCGAUUUAGAGAAGAAUGUGAUGUAUUUGAAGGAAUAUAUAAUUAAGGAAUUAAAAUUGCAGCUAUACGCCAAUGACGUAGAAAUAUUGUACAAUGGUCUGCUGCUCAAUGACUCUCAAGUCCUGAGAGACACAAUGAAACCGAAUGCAGUGAUCCAUUGUUUCCGUAAAAUGAAGAAUUAUGAGCCCUAUGUGCCGCCACCCGCAUCCGAAAUAAACACAAAGCACAUACAGGAGCUAUUUUCGUUGACAUCGCAUUUGCAAAUAAGUGUGCAAUCCCGCGUGAAUAUACUUCAGAAGAUACUGGCUGAGUAUCCGGAAUUCCGACGCAAUUUGGGUGCUCAGGCCCUGAUACGCGACUCGGUGUUGUUUAAUACCCUCCAUGAGCCCGAGGUGGUGCAGCGUUUGGUGCGGGAUUACCCCCUGAUAUGUGAGGCAACACCCUUUAUUGUGGAGACCAUACGCAAGGAGCUAGCCCGCAACAGCUCGGCCACACACUUUCAAGAGCAAGCCGCGUCGGAGUCUACCACAUCGUCGGAGGAGGAGAACUCCUUGGGGGCUGGUAGCAGCAGCAGUGGCGGCAGCAGCACCACAGCCGCUACACGUCGGGAUGAGUUGGCCAACAUACGUCAGAUUAGUCGGCUACAGUUGGCAAACGCAUUGGCUGGAGCCAUGGGCUCCUUCAACUCUCUCUCGAACAUAGCGCAACGGAAUGUGGAUGAAGCCUUGCAUACUGGCGAUCGCCCACGGACUACUUCGGCUCCUAGCACAGCUUCCUCCAGUGCGGCUGCCGCAGGCGCAGGCACAGAUCGCAGUGGCAUUUCAUCGGAACUGUUUCGUAAUGAGCUCGCACGUGCUUUUCAAUCCUUGCAGCACCAGCCCACACAAACGACAGCGGCAGGAGCCGAACGCAUGGAUAUGGAGGGCAUUGUGGAGCAGCCGGCGGCAGAAGCUUUGCAAGACUUGGAUGAUGAUGAUGCCGCCGCUGGAGAUGAUAGCGAUGUUCUUCCACGAAUCUAUCGUCGCCACAGAUUCACCGAACAACUGCGCACAAUGGCCGCCAUGGGUUUCAUCAAUCACAGUCAGAAUGCCAAUUAUUUGAAUCUGACAGACGGAAAUGUCGAGCAUGCCAUUAAUCUUUUAAUGCUCGGCAUGAACUGAUUGCCUAGAUUCUUAUACUCUCCUAUUAUUCUUUGUAGCUGCUAUGUUUAUGCGAAGUGCUCGACACGUUAGGUUCAAAACUCAGAUAUCGCUUUAUCUGCCUGCUAAUUGAGAUCUAUAUAAUUCGUCUUAAAAGUGAAUUCUGAUUAGGAAAUGUUCUGCAUCAGAAAAUAAUAAUAUAAAAAAAAAAGAUAGAGCUGUUAACUUUUAAAAGUGUUAAAAGAACAUUUUUAGACUCUUAGAUAUGAGGGAAAUAUUUCAAAUCCAAAUAGCUUGAUCGAUUUCAAUUACAGGAAAUCCAAUGCAACGGUACCGGUUUUCAGCUCCAUAGCUUUUAAACAGUACCAAUUAAAACAAAUCAGAUGGACGGACAUGGCAAUAUACAUUUUUUUGAAUAUCAUCUAAUUUAAUUUAGUCACAUAUGUCUUCUAUAAUUUGAUCCCCAAAAAUGUAUAAAUGCUGGCAACCCGCCGUUCUUGAACUUCGUAUAAUCAUAGUUACUUUCUAGUUAUACUUAUAAAUAUAUAUGAAUGUGCAUAAAUUAUUUAUCGUUUGGUAGCUACUGUACAAAGCCGAUUUCGAACUACAUAUACAUAUAUAUCCCAUA